AUGGAUGGGUUUAAAACGAAAUAUUCCGGGGGUAAAAGCUCCCCAAUCGGAUCUCCGGGGGGAGCAGUGGCGAACCAGAACAUGAAAGCAAGACUGAAGAGUGUGAAGAUCGGAACGUGGAAUGCAAGAAGCCUCUUUGCAUCGGGAAAGUUGGACAAUGUGAUGAAGGAAAUGUCAAGACUCAGCAUAAACAUUCUGGGAAUAAGCGAUGUCAGAUGGCCAGGCAGUGGUAAGUGUAGAACGAAUAAUGGAGUUUUCUAUUACUCAGGAAUAGAUGACCCAAAUCAUCGGUAUGGAGUGGGAGUAAUUAUAGAUAAGGCUACCAAUGCAUCGGUUCAGAGUUUUACACCAUAUUCAGAAAGAGUCAUGAUGUUACAAAUAAAAACAUGCACAGGACACCUGAACAUCAUACAAAUAUAUGCACCAACUGCAGACUCGGAGGAAGUAGAAGUCAAGGAGUUCUAUGCGGAACUGGAAACAAUAAUUGCAAGCACUAAGAAAAGUGAUGUAACUAUAGUAAUGGGAGAUUUUAAUGCUAAAGUAGGCAAAGAUAAGGUAGAAGCACAAACAGGGGGUUUUGGACUGGGUGAGAGAAAUGAGAGAGGUGAACGCCUAAUACAAUUUUGUCAGGAGAAGGAUCUAAUGGUAGCAAACACCUACUUCAAGCUUCCAUAUCGUAGAUUGUACACCUGGAAAUCUCCUGCUGAUAAUCCAGAAAAUAUCAUCAGAAAUCAAAUUGACUAUAUCCUCAUCAAUAAUAGAUAUAGGAAUGCAGUCACAUCUACAAAAACCUAUCCUGGGGCUGAUAUCAAUUCAGAUCACAACCCUGUAGUAGCUAAGUUGCAUAUUAAAAUGAAAAAGAUUACAAAACGACCAAGAAAUUACAUAGACGCAAGACUUCUCAAAAACCCAAAAAUCUGUGACAUUGUGAAGUAUGAGGUGAACAAAGCCAUGAGAGAGUUUAAUGUAUCACAGGUAGACAAUGUAGAAGGAAAGUGGGAUGAGGUACAAGUGACCUUAAGAGAAAUAGCGACGAGUCACCUGGUAGAUAAGGAACCCCAAAGGAAGAAGAAAGCAUGGAUGACAUCUGAAAUUCUGGAUCUUAUGGAAGAAAGAAGGAAGAGCAAGGGAAAGGAGAAAGAAUAUAGAGAACUACAGAAGAGAAUUCAAAAGAGGAUAAGAGAGGCUAAGGAAGAGUAUCUGACAUUGCAAUGUGAAGAAAUAGAAGUAUUGGAAAAGAAUUUUGACAGCUUCCAUGUGCAUAAGAAGGUUAAAGAAAUGGCUGGAUGUCAUUUUGAAAAGGCAUUUGACAAGGUAAGGCAUGGAGUGAUGUACAGGUUGCUUGACAACAAGGGAAUUGAUGCAGGCGAUAUAAGAAUAAUCAGCAAUCUUUAUUGGGGUCAGAAGGCGGCUGCAAGAAUAGAGAAUCAAUUGACCGAGGAAAUCGAGAUCCGCCGAGGGCAGCAAAGACUUGUUCCGAGCGGCAGUGAAUAA